AUGGCCAAUGUAAAGGAUUCCUCUGAAGAAGCUCUUCCUAACAGCUUUUUGGAAGAAUAUCCAUAUACUGAUAGGCUGAACUUUAAUUCAGAACACCCUGGUUUAUUGCAGGUAACUGCAGAUGAGGGGAUCCUGCACGCUUCUGGAAAUGGCGUGCCUCCAGUGACAAAGGAUUACUGCAUAAUUUACAAUUCUAAUUGGAUAUCCCUUCCAAAGAGCCUGGACAAUGCUACUUUCAGGACUCUGGAAAACCUGACUUCUACGGUACUCUGCAAUUCUUCUGAAGUUCCUUCUGGCUUAAUGAAGGACAAAGCAGUUGUAGUGAUGAGAGGAAACUGCACUUUUUUGGAAAAAGCGAGAAUUGCGCAAAGUUCAGGUGCUAAAAUGCUGUUGAUUGCCAGUAAACCUAGGCUGUCUCCUCUUUCAGAUAACAAGACAGAUUUUGAAGAUGUGACUCUUCCAGUUGCUCUUAUACGAUACAAUGAUAUAGUAGAUAUGCAGUUGAUGCUUGGAAAUGAAGUUAAUGUGACUCUGUAUUCGCCACCUUUGCCAGAGUUUGACUGCAGUAUGGUUGUCAUCUUCCUAAUUGCUGUGUUUACAGUGGCACUAGGAGGCUACUGGAGCGGAGUAGCAGAACUUGAGAAUUUGAAAGCGAUAGCAAGUCCCGGGGAGAGAGAAACAAGACGGAAGAAGGAAGAAAAUGUUACUUUCACCCCUGUAACAGUUAUCUUGUUUGUUGUCAUCUGUUGCGUCAUGCUAGUCUUACUUUAUUUCUUCUACAAAUGGUUAGUGUAUGUUAUAAUAUCAGUCUUCUGCUUGGCAUCUGCAAUGAGUCUAUACAACUGUCUUGCGGCAUUAAUAGCAGAAAUACCAUUUGGGCAGUGCAGGAUUGCAUGUUGCAACAAAAACAUUGAAGUGAGGCUUAUUUUUCUUGCUAUAUUCUGCAUAGCAGCAGCUGUCGUCUGGGCAGUGUUUCGAAAUGAAGAUAGGUGGGCUUGGAUUUUGCAAGAUAUUUUGGGAGUUGCUUUCUGCCUGAACUUCAUUAAAACACUGAAAAUGCCCAACUUCAAGUCCUGUGUGAUACUUCUAGGCCUUCUCCUUCUAUACGAUGUAUUUUUUGUAUUCAUAACACCAUUUAUCACAAAGAAUGGGGCAAGUAUAAUGGUUGAAGUUGCAGCUGGUCCUUUUGGAAACAGUGAAAAGAAUGAUGGAAACUUGGUGGAAGUCCCGAAAACAGCUCCCCAUGAGAAAUUACCUGUGGUUAUUAGAGUGCCUAGACUUGAAUACUCUGCAGCGACACUGUGUGACAUGCCAUUUUCAUUGUUGGGUUUUGGAGACAUUAUUGUCCCAGGGCUUCUGGUUGCCUAUUGUCGAAGAUUUGAUGUUCAAACAAGUUCAUCUUCUGUAUACUACAUUUCCUGUACAAUAGCUUAUGCCAUUGGUAUGGUGCUGACUUUUGUGGUUUUGGCACUAAUGAAGAUGGGACAACCUGCCCUACUCUAUCUUGUACCAUGUACGCUCAUUACUAGCUCGCUUGUUGCUUGGAGGCGCAAAGAGAUGAAGAAGUUUUGGAAAGGAAGCAGUUACCAGAUGAUGGAACACCUGGAUUAUACAGGAAAUGAAGAAAGCACAGCAUCAGUCAGUGAACAGCCUGGAGGACAAUAACAUGUAGGAUCCUGAUUUAAAAUAGUAUUCAAAUUUUCUACAAAUGAAUUACAGUAAACUUGGUGAAGUUUUUCAAUAGAGUAUUUCUACUCUGUGUAAAAGGGGUUUUUAUGCCCACACCUAUAUUUUUAUGGAAAAUAUUGUUAAUAACAUAAAAGUAAUCAAAUAGACUUGCAUUUUUACAGUCAAACCAUAGCUAGUAAAACCGUGCCUUAUUUCAAUUUAAAUAAAAGGAUAUUUUCUAUGCAGUUUGCCGAAUGUGUUUCUAUACAGUAUAUUUUUGUAAAAGUUUCUUGCCCAUAUCAGUUUGAUGCAUGAAAAUUUUUCUUAAUUUUGAUUAAGACUAGUCAAGUUUCAUUUAAAAAAAAAAAAAAAAGUACAGUACCCUUCAUGGGAUUCCUUUCCAGAUUUUUGAAUGCAAAGAUUGGUAGCAAUGUAACUAUAGCAACUACAGAAUGAAACCAUAGUUCCAUUACUCCAAGUCAUUGAAUAAACAGUACGUAUGUUAGUCUGUGUACACUGCAAGCCAUAAAAUAGAUAACAGGGCAAAUUUAGCUUGGGGUUCUGAGCUUCCCCCCACCCCUCAUAUCACUGGUUUAUGCCUUAAUUGUGAAAAUUGUUAAUCUUUGAUGCAAGUCUUUUGGAUUAUAUACAUCGCCAACUGUUU